AUGAUUGAAGGCCCGGACGACUUCGAUUACCUCGUGUGGGACAAGAAUGACGAAGAAUGGGAGAUAGUGCAGCCGAAGCUUCGCCAACGAUCUACACUACACGCUGUUGAGGACCUCGGGACGGCGAAGUUUGGAAGUACCGCGAAAUGGGUUAGCCCCAUGAGUAUCGGAGGCUAUAAUAUCAUAUACAGACUCAAAGUUGAGGGGUUUGACUCUGAGGUCUUGGUUCGACGACCUAUUCCAUGUUACGCCCAAUUUCCUGUUGAGAAAACCUCUAUUGAGGCUGUGACAAUGAUGAACCUCAAGAAGCACACCAAGAUCCCGGUCGCUCGGACUUUCUUUCAUGGUGAGGACCCGAAAUUGGGAUCAUUCAUCAUUAUGGAAUAUAUCGAGCACUCCCGGUGCAUGUCUACAGCUUACAAUGCUACAAACGAGGAUGUUUCCAAACCGUUCACAUUGAACCCCGAUAUUCCCGAGGAAGUCCUUCAAAACCACUAUCAGCAUGUAGCAGCAUGCUUGCUCGAACUUUCGCAACACACAUUCCCUCGAAUCGGAUCACUGGUUGAGGUCAACCCGGGUACCUUCUCGAUCGCAGCAAGGCCUGUUACGAAGAACAUGAACGAUAUGCUUCAGCUUGCAAAUAUUCCAGGCAUGCAUAUUGCUCAGCUCGUCUUCCGGCAAAAUGAUCUCGUCAGAACGGAACAGGAAUGCAGAAACAAAUACGUCGCUCGACAACUCUUCCGCAGACUCGCCAGGGACGGGAAGCUCUCCAAAUUUGGUUUCAAAGAGGACAACUGGUCGGCUCAAUCAAAAACCAAGAGCAUGAAGCUGUCCUCAAUGCCUUCGAAUUCCGAUUCAUUCCGUCUUUACUGCGAUGACCUUCGCCCAUCAAACAUUCUCCUUACUGCGUCGGACGCAAUAACUGCAAUCAUUGACUGGGAAUUCACAUAUGCUGCCCCAAGUCAAUUCUCACUGGACCCUCCGUGGUGGCUGCUUCUCGACACACCCGACCAAUGGGACGCCGGUCUUGACAACUGGAUCACACUGUAUGAGCCGCGCCUGGAAACCUGGAUUUCAGCCAUGCAGAAAGCCGAAGAAGACACAAAGUUGAACGGCGGAAUCGCUGGUGUCCCAUUAUCUACAUUCUGGCUGACAUAUGUUGCGCGGAAGAGCUGGGCAUUCGAGACUAUAUUCUGGAAGUAUCUGGAUGAGAGGUUCUUUGGCCCACGUGAGCAGGGACUCCCGAGGAAUCACUACUGGAAGGCGAGGAUUGAUCUGUUGAGCGAGGAUGAGAGAAACGCGAUGGAACCUUUUGUUGAACAAAAGAUGGAGACCAGGAAAGAGCGGAGAUAG